AUGCUCUACCGGGGAACAUCGGCACAAUCGGCCACGCCGCGAGCCACUUCAACGUCACAUAACUCUAGCCCCCUCGAGGCGGAAUUGUCACCUUCAUGUAAUUACGUCGAGGAUUUACGUGCAUCGUCAACGAACAUCUCCAGGCAGAAAAGCCAACAACCCUCAUCGCAGUCGAGCCUGAUUAUCGACACGACCAUCGCAGCUCCUCUGGGAUCCUCCGACCCAAGGACGACAACAUCGGCACAACAUCAGACGCCGUUGCCGUCACCUGCCUCGCACGAUGACACUGCCGACGUUUCUUCUACAGGAUCCUCCGAGUCCGAGUCACCACUCGCUACGCCGGUCACCUGCGACGACCUGGCUGUGAAAGAUGCACCGUCACGGGCAGUGGACUUUUUAGCGCACGAAUGGCGGGAAGAGGAUAUUUGGUCGUCUUGGAGACACAUUGUUUGCAAUAGGAAGGAAUAUGGAGAAUGCUCACGGUUGGAGAAUGCGUCAUGGCGCUCAUGGGGCAAGACAAAGCACAACUUGAGGACCAUUAACCCGGAAAAUCUGAACUGGUAUGUGUUCAAAGACUCGGACAUCACAUGGCUCUAUGGUCCUUUGAAACUCGCAGCGUCAUAUCCGGUAUCCCAGGACGUCUCCGAUCCAUCCUCUCGCAUGUCCAAGAACAACUCCUUCAUCACUAAGAAGAAGCCCAUCCUAAAAAAGCGCACUCAAUCCGAGAUCAUGCUCCAACAGUCGAUAUCCAGCUCCUCACUCCUACGCGAAGCUGCCACCACAGCCCUUUUCUCGCCUCGACGCCAUCCUCGCCGAUCAGACGCCAGCUCCGAAUUUUCCGAAUCGAAACUUCCUUCUGAGGUGCCUAGCCGAGACCAGGCAGACUACUUCACAAGCCGGAGUUCGAGCUUUUGCGACACCCCAUGCAAUGGCGAAAAGAGACAUAUUCGAUUUGACAAUGUCGUGGAACAAUGCAUUGCGGUCGAUCACAAGGACUUGGUCUUUGAUGGCGAGGAGGAGCCUUAUCUCUAUGCGGACAGUGAAACCUCCAGUGAUGAUGAAGAUGCACUGACAAUGAAACGAAACUCACAUUCGAUGGCAUUGCGACCAUCUGCCAGUCGGAGCAACUCUAACAGUGGUCGUCGCAUUAUCGAGACCCUUCCAGCCACUACCUUGAAGGACCGUGUCGACGAUCUCCCCAAUUUUGGCGAGCAAUCUCAACAUCACACCUUUGGAUCCGAUAAUUCAUCGCUGCCAAACAACAAGGGACUCAGCCCCAGCGCUUCUCAAGAAACCCUUCGCCCUCCUCGCUCCAGCAGAAGCAACCUCGUUUCAUCGAUGGAUAAGAAGGGAAACUACGCCGAUGAUAAUGACGAUGGCGCUUCCGAUGACGACUAUGCUUGGUCGUUUGGACCCAGCAACCCGCGUUCCUCCCUCGGCGCUUCGAGCUCACGAGGUCGCAACAAUGGACGUCCCUCCACCAGCCGCUCACACACCCCGGCUGGUCGCGGCCACUACAACGUCGAAGAUGACGAGUACGACGACACUUUCAGUGUUGAAGGCAUGCGACGCACUGGAAGUGGCAUGUUCAUGCCCUACGAGGAGGGUGAAGAACCUGUAGCUACCGGUAUCUUCGGACGAGUGAGCGAAACUAUCAACACCGCUCGCGACAUCGCUCACGUAAGUUAUUUUCCUUAUCAUUUUAUCACGACUCUGUGA